AUGGACCUCUCCUCACUCUCCACGAUCCCUACCGCCAUCGCCAAACACUUCAACCACACCCGCCUUGACAUCCUCGUCAACAACGCCGGCAUCAUGGCUACCGGACCCUCCCUCUCCGCCGAUGGCUUCGAGAUCCAGUUCGCCACAAACCAUCUGGGUCAUGCCAUGCUCGUCCGCACCCUCAUGCCGGUUCUCGAGCGAACAGCAGCCUCCGGUGCGGAUGUCCGCAUCGUUAACCUGACCUCCGUGGGGUAUCAAGGCCACCCCCGGGACGGCAUCUCCUUUGCCCUGCUUCGUACUACGCAAACCGGUCCCCCAAUGCUAGGGGAGUGGAUCCGAUACGGCCAAAGCAAACUCGCAAACAUCCUCUUCACCCGCGAACUCGCCCGCCGCCAUCCCUCCAUAACCUCCGUCGCGGUGCACCCGGGAGUCGUUGACACAGGCCUCGUCACAAACCAGAAUCUCAAGAAUCGUAUCCUUGUCUAUCUGCCUAACAAGCUCAUGGGCGCUACGGUGCUCACCCCUGAACAGGGCUCCUGGAACCAGGUCUGGGCCGCGGCCGCGGCGCGGAAGGAGGACCUCGUCAAUGGCGGAUUCUACAUGCCUGUCGGACACCUGGCUAACGACAAACUUGAUUCCUGCGCGACGAACGAGAAGUUGGCGGGAGAGCUGUGGCGGUGGACUGAAGAUGUGUUGGCUGGGCUUGACUGA